UCUAGUGUAGAAUUCCGAAACUAGUUUUGACGUUUUAACAAAAAUAUGUGUCAAAUAAACAAUAUAGUCACAAUAUAGUAUUGUAAUUUACAAAUCAAGCUACACUUAUGUAUUCUUAAGCAAUUUUAAAGAGUGCAAUUAUUAGAGACUGGACCUUAAAAUGUUAUAAUAAAUUGUUGAUUACCUUGUGAUAAAAUAAUUAUUAAUAAAUAUUAAAAACAGUAAUUUAAGAUGCCGGAAAAAAUAGAAGUUGAUGUUAUUCCUCAAGACUUGAGACAUGAAGAGACGAUUAUUCAAAUUGCAGAUGCUUUAGACAGUUUAGAAUUUGCCGUUUCUCAUAUUUUCAACUGUAUCAAUAACAGAAUAUCCGAAAAUGGCAAAAAACUAGACACGAUUAAAUCAAGAGCGGAAAAAAUUCACGGACAACUUGAUUACCUGCAAACAAACUUGAGCUUGAAGGCUGUAAAAAUGUAUUCAGCACCAAAAUAUCCAGCCAGUCACGUCUACAAAGAAUACGAAACUAUCAUGAAACCAAAUUUAAAGAAAGACACUUUGCCAUCAAUUUACAAAAGUUCAGUUCCAAUUUCCGACACGAUUGAUAUGCACUUGACUGCUGGCAUUAAAACCGAAAACGGACAAUACGCUUCUAAUAUCAAUCUUCAGGAAAAAUUGCAAUUUUACUACGUCAAGUCGAAACCCUACAAACGAAUAACAACAAGUAACGAAAAGAAUGAUAGACGUUUAAUGCCUGGGCCAUCUUCCGUGAGUGCUCUCAUGCUUUUCGACAAUUAUAAACAAUCUCAAGAUCGUUCCGCUCAUCUGACGCAAACCAGUGAUAAGCAGGAACUUGAAGAUGCUCCUGACUCUAUUCUUCAACCCUGGCACUCUUCUGAAAUUGAAUCACCUUCUUAUUUAUACGCGCCUGCUUUGGGAGAAGUUCCACAAAUAAACGUGCCGCUAACGCUUCCAGAUCUGCCUGGAAUCGUCGACGACGAAAAAUUUGUUCUCGAUUUAAAUUCACAGAGUCCAAUUGCACCGUCAUCUGCAACAGCAACUCCCACCGUGAGAAUAGAUCUUCCAACUCCAGUCUCGACGACGGACGAAAUAGACGUUCCCUCUGUGUCAGAUCAAACUGCACAAAAUCUACCAAACUUUUCUGACAGCAAAACAACCACCUCGGAGGUCAAGACAUCACCUCCUCCACCACCACCUCCGCCACCUUCGAAUCAAAAUCUUGAACAGCAGACAAUAGCUUCUCAAGCUUCUGCUCAGGCCCCGCCGCCACCUCCACCUCCUCCACCACCUCCGCCACCAUCAGUUCCACAAUCAGUUGACGGAGAACAGUCGAAGCAGGCGGAAAAGAAACCAGCAGCCGCACAAGUUUCAAAAGGUGCAGAUGAUCGGACAAAUUUGAUGGCAGCUAUUCGCGAUGCUGGCGGAAUUGGUAGAGCCAAACUUCGUCCCACUGCAGAGACGGAAAAACCAAACAAUCGCUGGGCAUCAGCUUCUGUUGGUGGGGAUUUAAUGGCCGAUCUUCAUGCGAAAUUAUCGCUGAGAAGGAAAGGUAUCGCUGGAGGCGGCAUGAAUGCUUUUGAAAGAAUGUCCAGCAUGAUUCCUCCACCUCCGAAGCCAAAUGAAAUUUCCGACCGGAACUCGGCGACCAGUGAAGGUGAUUCACAACCUGAUAAUGAUGAAUGGGAGGAAUAAUUUCUUUAUUACACAUUCCAGUUUGUAUCAUAUUUUACGUAUUAAAUAAGUUAAGAAAAGACAA